AUGAAAGCAUUACUGACUUCCGCUCGAGCAAAACUUGCUCUGUCUUUUAUCUACUCAGCCGUCAUAGACGGGAACAAGAAUAUGCGUUCCCGCAGGAUGCCCUCAGAUUCGGUGCUUGGGUUCCCAAAAUAUCCUCCAUUUCGUCUCAAUGAACCUCGGUUUCCACAAGAAACGUUCCUAGGAAGGUAUUUACAUUAUCUAGAUGUUGUAGAUCCAAGCACACUCUUUGUGUCAGAUAAACGUCUACGCGAAUGCGUCAAACUACUCGAUGACUACAAACUGGGAAAGGCAUUCGCUUCGGAUAAGGAGCUCUGGAAAGCUCAGAAGAUAAAACAAGCAAUUCUACAUCCUGACACCGGCGAAAAAGUUCUACCACCUUUUCGUAUGAGUGGAUUUGUGCCUUUCGGAUGGAUUACUGUGACUGGCAUGCUUCUGCCGAAUCCUUCAUGGCCUACGCUGCUGUUCUGGCAGUGGAUGAACCAGUCACACAACGCUUGUGUCAACUAUGCGAACAGAAAUGCUACUCAGCCACAACCACUCUCUACUUAUUUGGGCGCUUACGGUGCCGCUGUCACUACCGCAUGUUCGAUCUCAGCAGGUUUGACCUAUCUCGUCAAGAAAUCCAAAUCACUAGCUCCGACCACACAACUUAUAGUACAGCGUUUCGUCCCGCUUCCAGCGGUAUCCUUGGCAUCCGCAUUGAACUGUGUCUGUAUGCGAUGGAACGAACUUCGGACAGGAAUCGAAGUCUACGAGAAAGGAGGAAAAGUUAUCGGAGUGUCGAAAGUUGCUGCUAAACAGGCUGUUACCGAUACUACAUUGGUGAGAGCAUUCUUACCAGUUCCUCUGCUGUUGUUACCUCCAUGCAUUAUGCCCUUUCUUGAAAGGUACAAAUGGGUGUCCGGCUCUCCAUAUCGACAUCUAUUUGUAAAUGCCAUCGUCUGUACUCUUUCAUUUGCUUUUAGUCUUCCUGUUGCCUUAGCCCUAUUCCCACAAGAAAGCACGAUUAACACAACCGCUUUUGAACCAGAAAUCCAGUCAAAAACUGAUGCGGAUCAGUUGUACUACAACAAAGGAUUGUGA